UGAAGAAGGGUGGUGGCGGUAGUGGUUGUGGUGGUGGUAACAGUGGCGCAGGCUUUUCUUAGCUCAGUCUCCACUUAAUAACUGCACAGCUUGGGUUCCUUGCAGGGCAGGCUUCCAGUGGGUGCAUCGCAAAUGGGGAGAUCGGGAUCCGUUCCUGCUCUUCUCUUCUUUCUUCUCCUCGUCAUCUGCUGUGCUGCAGUGGCUGCAUCAUCAACCAUGGAUGCGCCAAAUGAGGAGCUCGGAGUGAACUUGGCAGCAACAAAAAAUCAGAAACACAAGCAUUCCGGAUUUUCUCAAGCAGAGUGCCCGGGUGCAUGUCAGUAUAGAUGUUCGAAGACAGCCUACAAGAAACCCUGCAUGUUCUUCUGCCAGCAGUGUUGCUUCAAAUGCAAGUGUGUUCCUCCAGGGACUUAUGCACACAAGGAGGUAUGCGCAUGCUACAAUAACUGGAAGACCAAGAGAGGAGGCCCUAAAUGUCCUUGAAAUAUUCUACUUGAAGAUUUCAGGCUUCUCCUAAUUUCCUCAUUCUAGUUAGCAGAGAUAUGAUGUGUAUCACCAGUUCUCUAUCUGAUUAAGCUUUAAGUAAUUAUGAAAGACUCCAGUAUCGUGUCUUUUUAUCAUGCAAUGACAUAUUUGAGAGUGUUUUGCUAAGACAAGGUUUCAGGCAUAAUUAUGUUGAGAUCACACCAAUUCUAUGACUUUCA